AUGGCAGAGAGUCCCACAGAGGGUGCCAACUCCUCCGGGCGGACUGAUCUCCGCAGUCCGGAUAGCCAACAUCAGGAAGGGCAUUUAGUAGGAUUGCGUAAGCGAGGCGGGUGGGAUCUUCUUUUUUGCCCUCUUCCCUGGCGUGGUGCAGCAGCAGCGGAGGAGGAGGAGGAAGCGCAGCGUCGCCGUCCAGCCCGGGCAGAAUGGAGCGUUCGAUUCGGCAUUCACAGAGGCCGCUUCGUGCGAGUGCGUAAGCGCGGGCGCCUCUCCCGAACGGCGUCGCGGCGCAGAGAGCGCAAGGCCAGCCGCAGCCGCCGUAAGGAGGAGGAGGAGCAGCCGCCUAUCGAGCCGGAGACGCCGCAGCGGCCCCCACAGCGCGUCGCGGACAAAGGAACUCGGGCGGAGAGGAGGAGGAGGGAAGGCGGAGGAGGAGGAGGGGCCAGGCGCGACUCGCCGCCGCCGCCGCCGCCAUGGCCCAGCCCGCUGCCCUCGCCGCCCGCCUUCCGCACUGCAGCGCCGCCCGCCUCAGCCGCCCCGCCGAGCGCCGCUCGCCCGCCCUGGGGGCGCUAUGAGGAGGACCAGCCGUAG